AUGCCUUUGUCUCGUCGAGGAAGUGGGAGCAUCACCCUGGCAUCUGGCCAGACACUCGCCAUCCACACUAGGACUCACGAUGAGGAAGAUCUGCCUCAUGCCACGAAGAAAACCAUGGCCGAUCAUCUUAGAAAGUACGAAGCCCUUUUCACAUUAACUCCCCAGCGAAUGCGGAUGAUUGUUGAAGCGUUCAAGGAGGCCUUGGAACUUGGGCUGGAAAAGCCAAGCCAAGUUGUUCCGAUGAUUCCGACGUUUGUAUUCGGCUGGCCUACUGGUAAAGAGACUGGGGACUUCAUCGCAGUCGACCUUGGUGGAACAAAUCUACGUGUUUGCCUAGUGACUCUUCAAGGAGAUGGCAAAUUCGAGAUCACUCAAUCCAAGUAUCGUCUCACCGAAGAACAGAAACAAGACGAUGGGCAAAAGCUCUUUGAUUUCUGUGCCGAAUGCCUCAGGACCUUCAUCGAUACUAACUCGAGCGAACCUGACGGCGUCCUCACACCUGGAGAAAUCCUUCCGCUCGGUUUCACCUUCUCGUAUCCAUGCACUCAGGAGCGAAUUGAUCACGGCGUCCUUAUACGCUGGACCAAGGGCUUUGGUUCGCCGAAUACUGAAGGUAGAGACGUCGCAGCGAUGUUCAACGAAUCCAUAGAGAAAUAUCAAUUGCCAGUCAAGCUGACGGCCUUGAUCAACGACACUACUGGUACCUUGAUCGCCUCCCACUACGUCAAUCCUCGCACGAAGAUCGCCUGCAUUUUCGGAACGGGGUGCAACGCCGCUUAUAUGGAGCACGUACGCGAUAGCGACAAAAUCAAGUCUAUGGGAAUUACUGAUGAUGUCGACAUGGCGAUCAACUGCGAAUGGGGUGCCUUCGACUCCUUCGUCCACGAACAUUUGCCCAGGACAAAAUAUGAUAUCAUUGUAGACGAAUCCUCGAACAAGCCCGCGGAACAGAGUUUCGAGAAACUCAUUUCUGGCCGUUACUUGGGCGAGAUUCUGCGCCUGGUCAUUUGUGAGCUCGUCGACGAGGGUGUUCUUUUCCUUGGCCAAAACACCUACAAGAUUGAGAAGCCGUAUGUGAUUGAUACUGCCUUCUUGUCCCUCAUGGAAAGCGAUCCAACCGAUGAACUUCUCAUGAUCAUCGGUAUAUUCAAUCACUUUUUCGCCCUCGAGACCACUUUGGCCGAGCGACAAUUCUUUCGAGCCCUGGCGAAGUUGAUUGGGCGCCGUGCCGCGCGCUUGAGUGCGUGUGGCAUCGCCGCGAUCGUCAGUAAGAUGGGCUAUCUUGAUGAAGGUUGCUCUGUUGGCGCUGAUGGGUCCCUGUACAAUAAAUACCCCGGAUUCGCUGAUCGCAUCCAUGAAGGUCUACAAGAUAUAUUUGGGGAGAAGGGCCGUAAUAUCGUUACCCAUCACGCAGAAGAUGGGAGUGGUGUCGGCAGUGCUAUCAUUGCGGCAAUGACGAAGAUCAGAAAAGAAGCCGGUCUGUAUCCGAAUGUUUAA